GUUUCAGCACCGGGAGCUGUCCGUCCGUUCUCCGCGAGCCAACCAACCGACCAACCCCCGACAACAACAACGCAGGUCAGCUGAUGGCUAAGGUCCAGCAGGUGGGUUUGUUGGCAGCAGGGUGUCAGCCGUGGAAUAAAGAUGUGUGUGCUGCCAGUGGAGACCGCUUCGCCUACUGCGCCACUUUGGCCAUCUACAUCUACCAGUUGGACCAACAGUAUAACCAGUUCAAACUGCGCUCCAUCAUGUCUGAACAUAAGAAGACCAUCACCUCCAUCAGCUGGUGUCCAGACCACCCAGACCUGUUCGCCUCAGCCUCAGCAGAUAACCUGAUCAUAGUGUGGAACGUCCAAGAGCAGAAGGCUGUGGCACGACUGGACAGCACUAAAGGUGUCCCUGCUUCGGUCAGCUGGUGCUGGACCUCAGCUGACGGGGUGUCCUUUGUGUCCCAGCGUGGUCCCCUGUACAUCUGGGUCUACUCUGGCUCGGACCCUGGGGUUACGGUGCAUAAAGAAGCCCACUCCUUCCUGUCAGACAUCUGUCUGUUCAGAUGGCAUCCCACCAAAAAGGGGAAACUGGUGUUUGGACACACAGAUGGGAGUCUGUCCAUAUUUCAACCAGGGUGUAAAAGCCAAAAACAUGUGCUGCGUCCAGAAUCUUUAGAGGGAACAGAUGAAGAAGAUCCAGUCAGCGCUAUGGAAUGGGACCCUUUAUCAACCGACUAUCUACUCGUGUCUAACCUCCAUAAUGGGAUCCGUCUGGUGGACAGUGAGGCCUUGUCCUGUAUCACGUCCUUCUGCUUCCCGUCGUCGGCUGCCUCAGUUCAGUGUUUGGCCUGGGUUCCUUCUGCACCAGGAAUGUUCAUCACUGGAGACUCCCAGGUCGGAGUGUUGAGGAUCUGGAACGUGUCUCGCUCCACUCCCUUGGACAGCUUCAAACUGAAGAAGACUGGGUUUCACGCUUUGCACGUCCUCAACUCCCCUCCUGCCAAGAAAGCUCCCAGUUCCAGUUCUCCCAGUAAAAGUGUCCACACCAGUUCCACCAGUGAGGCCGUCCCCCCUCCCACUCUGUCCCAGAACAGGUCCUUCUCUCUGCCCCCUGGACACGCCGUCUGCUGCUUCAUGGAUGGAGGGGUGGGCCUGUACGACAUGGGGGCCAAGAAGUGGGACUUCCUCAGAGACCUGGGUCAUGUGGAGACCAUUUUCGACUGUAAGUUUAAACCAGAUGAUCCAAACCUGUUGGCUACAGCCAGUUUUGACGGAACCAUCAAAAUCUGGGACACCAACACGCUGACAGCUGUGUCCACGUCCCCUGGGAACGAAGGAGUGGUCUACUCCCUGUCCUGGGCUCCAGGAGACUUGAACUGCAUCGCAGGAGCCACGUCCCGUAACGGAGCGUUCAUCUGGGACGUGAGGAAAGGAAAGAUCAUCACACGUUUUAACGAGCACGGUAAAAAUGGAAUCUUCUGUAUAUCGUGGAGCCAUAAGGACUCCAAAAGGAUCGCUACAUGUAGUGGAGACGGAUUCUGUAUCAUCCGGACCAUAGAUGGGAAGAUCCUGCACAAGUACAAACAUCCAGCUGCUGUGUUUGGGUGUGACUGGAGCCAGAACAACAAGGACAUGAUCGCUACAGGCUGUGAGGAUAAAAACGUUCGUGUGUAUUACCUGGCCACCAGCUCGGACCAGCCUCUGAAGGUGUUUACUGGUCACCUGGCCAAAGUCUUCCAUGUGCGCUGGUCUCCUCUGAGGGAAGGAAUCCUGUGUUCUGGGUCCGACGACGGGACUGUUCGUAUCUGGGACUACACACAGGACGCAUGCAUCAAUGUGUUGAGUGGUCAUGUGGCUCCAGUCAGAGGACUCAUGUGGAACACUGAGGUUCCAUACCUGCUCAUUUCAGGUUCGUGGGAUUACACCAUCAGAGUGUGGGACACCAGGGACGGCACCUGUCUGGACACAGUCUAUGACCACGGAGCUGACGUCUACGGUCUGACCUGUCAUCAGAACCGUCCCUUCACCAUGGCCAGCUGUAGCAGAGACAGCACCGUACGCCUGUGGUCGCUCACUCCGCUCAUCUCACCACUACUGCUGAACAUCCUGACAGAGCAGAGCUGGGACAAGAUCAUAGGAAACACUGACACUGCUAUGGUUCCUGGUUCUCCUCCCCUCCUCUGUGGUAAAGUUUCUCGGGACAUCAAACAGGACUUGGACAAACUGACCCUGGAGAUCCGAGACAAGAAGCUGCGCUGGUUCUCCGAGUGUUUUUCGCCUCCAGGGGGCAGCACUAACCUGUGGGACCUGGUGUCGGUCAUUAACGGUCAGGACGACUCUCUGCUUCCGACCAGUUACAGUAAAGGAGUCAUGCACAUGAAGCACCUGCUCAAGUUCAAAACAGUAAGACACGCCCCUUUUCCACCUGCUCGAGUUCAAAACUGGCUUCAUCUACUGUUGAUACCG